AAUAACAAAUGUAUAAAAAGUAAAAAGCAAAACAAAAAAUGAAAAUCUCGUAGAAUAUUGUGAUUUCUGUGAAACAAAAAUAACAAUGUGCUUGAAAGACAUAAAAAGUAAAACUUUGCAUUAAAUAAAAUAAAUCUUUGUCGGUCGCGAAAAGUGCGAAAACGUUUACCAAAAAAAUACCGAAAAAAAAGUACCAACAAAAAAGAACUGCAAAACGUAUGUGACGUUGUAGUUGUCACAUAAGUUACAUGCGUGUGUGGGUGUGUGUAUAAUAUAUACACCCAUAUACACCUCUAUAUAUCUGUGUGUGUUUCUAUAUGUGUGUGUGUGUGUUUGUCUUGCUGUAUUUAUUUGUAGCCCUGAGAUCUGAGCAAUUAACUUAGUGUUCUCGUUGUAAUUUAUUGUUAACUCAUUUGCCAAAAUUUUUGCUCAAUCUCUGUUUUUGUCUUUCGUUCGCGUAAAGUCGUUUUUCAACAAAAUUUCAAUUAACGAAAAGUAGAAAACACACAAAACAAAAAAUAAAUAAUAAGCAAGACUGUAUAAAAAAGAAAACAUAAAUAAUAAAAAUACAAUGAUGAAGAAUAAAUCGAGGGAAAGAAGUCCGUCUAACAGAUGGGCGUCAAUAUGGAGUCCGAUGAUGGCAGCUCCAGCUCAUCAUCAGAAUCAAACUCACGCCCAACGACGCCAGCAGAGGAUGCUGUUGGUGGCCAAGGUCAAGGUCAAGGCCAAGACGCUGCCGGCAAUGACAAUAAUGGCGACGAUGGUGCAGCAUCCUUGAAAGAUGCCGCCAUGAAUAGUCCAGCGCAAUCGGUAUCGAGCAGCAGCAGCUCAUCGAGCAGCUCCAGCUCAAGUCGCAGCGAUCGAUCGAAAGCGAAAGGCUCAAAGAAAAGCUCAAGCAGCAGCAGCGGCAGCGACAGCAGCGGAUCAAGCAGCAGUAGCUCCAGCGAUGAUGAUGACGAUGACGAUGAUGAUGAGACAGCAACGUCAGCAGCACAAGCAGCAGCUGCAACUGCUGCAGCGGAUGCGGCGCCAGCAACAACUGCAUCCAAUGGUGGAGGCGAUGCUGCCACUGCUGCAAAGGCGAACUCUGCAUCGCCCAGGCAAAAAUCGCGCCCUAGCUCGACGCGGAGUCGGAGCAAUAGUCCAGAACAGUUGUACAAUCAGGCGGCCGUUGAUCUUAACAUAAGUCACGAGGAUCUCAGCGAUGUGAGCGACAUUGAUAUGGAGAAACAGGCGCCGCCGUCCAAGCAUGUUUCGUCACGGCACAACGACGAUGACAAUGAUCGCGAUCGUGAUCGUGAUGACGAUGAUGAGGAGGGCGCCAUCUCCAAUGAUUCGCUGCCAGCUGUCUCGCAAAGAUCUCCUGCGCUCAAUGGCAAAUCACGCAAGUCGCCCAGUGAUUCGCAGGGUUCGGACACCAAGGCCAGCAGCAAAGAAAAGGAUGUGGAAAAGGCAAAUGGUUUAGAUGAUCUGGUGGUGAAGCCACACGAUGAUGAUGCUCUCGACUUUGAGGCCGAGGAGGGUGAAUGUCCUGAUCUGAGCAAAGAGCUCGAUGCCGAACACGAGGCGGAAAGCGGCGCCAAUGUCGAUGGCAGCGAAGCCAACAGCAAAAAGGCAACAAACACAGCGAAGAAGGGUUCAACAGCGUCCAACAAGGAUGACGAGGGCAAACUGAGCGAAGCCGAUGGUGAUGGCGAUGGCGAGGUGCGUGACGAUGACAACGAUGGCGACGAUGAUGAUGAGCAGCGGCAACGCGAUGCCGCCGAGUCGGCAAAGAAAAAGAAAAAGGAUGAGGAGCUGGAGGAGGGCGAGGUGUCCGAUGAGGACGAGAAACGACCCGAGGAAACGGAACCGAAGCCUGUCUGUCGCUUCUAUACGCGCGGCCAAUGCACCUGGGGCAUGAGUUGUCGCUUCCUGCAUCCUGGUGUCACCGACAAGGGCAACUACACGAUGUUCGAGAGCCUGGUGCGUUCGGUGCCCAUGCAGAGCGGCGGCAGCGGUGGCGGUGGCGGCAGUGGUGCCGGCUCCUCGCGUGCCCCCAGCAACAGUGCCUACAGCAGUCACAUGGCUGGCGGCGGGUCAUCCGGCGCCUCCGAUUAUCACGACUAUCGCAACGAGCGACCAGCUGCACUGCAUCAUCGCAGCGCCGCCGGCAUGCAUCAUGCGGCCAUGUACGGGGCCGGAGCGGCAGGCGGUGGCGGUGGAGGCGGCGGUGUUGGUGGCGGUGGUGGACAUCAUGAUGCGCGCAGCGGUCUCCUGCUGCCUGGCGAUGUGCCCGUGGUGGUGGAGAACGCUUGGGAACGGGGACUGCGCACCGCCAAGGAGAUGAUGCGCAAGGCGAACAAACGCAAGGAGCAGGACAUGGACUUUGAGGACAAGAAAAUGAAUCUGACACUGUCGCCCGACGAACUCGAGAAGGAUCCCUACUAUCUGAAGGAGCGCGGCAGUUCACCCAGCGUCGGUCGCGAUCUGCCACCCAACAAUCCCAUGCCCCACGGGAAUCCCCGGGCGCUGUUGCCCUCGGUGUAUUCGAUGUACGGCCAGCCACCGGAUCGAUAUCGGGCACCUUAUAUGCCGCCGAUGGCAUACGAGGAUGUGGAUGCCUACGGUCGGAUGGCGAGGUACCGAGAGUUGCCGCCCCAUCGAAUGCCACAGUACGAGGAUGAUCGACGUCUGAGGCCGACCCGCGAGGUGAUUGUGCAGCGUGUCGAGGCGGUGGGACGGGGCGAUGAGUGGAGUGAUCCGUGGAUGCGAUCGAAAUCGAUUGGUCGCGGUGCAUCGUACGAUCGGGAGGAUCGCCGGCGACGCGAUCGUCGCAGCUACAGCAGCAACUCAUCCUAUUCCAGCUCGAACAGUUCACAGAGCGAUUCCAGCUCCGAUUCGUCGCGUUCCAGCAGCGCCUCGGAUCGCAAGCGCCGCUAUUCGCACAAGCUAAUGUCCGGCUCCUCUGCGCGCCGCCAUGCAGCCGGACGAUCCGCGCGAUCGCCCAGUCAAAUACCACGACGACCCAGGAGAUCGCCAAAGGGUAGCGCCUCGCCGCCUUAUAAGCGAUCGGCCAUGGAGAAGCGUGCGGCCGGAGCACACAGUCCCGCCUCGAAGCGCAAGAAGCUGUCGCCAGCGCCUAAGAAACUGGAUAAGCUGAGGCGUCGUCGCAGCUCUAGUUCAUCGGAAUCGGAUACAUCGUAUUCAGAUUCGGAUUCGGCGUCGUCGUCAUCGGACAGUUCGUCGGGAUCGCGGGAAACGCCACAGAAACGUGUUCGUGCCACAGACAAGGCGCUCAACGAGCGCAAACUAAUCAAAAAACCCACGGAACAAGCGGCCAAGAAGCGUUCACCCAUUUCCAUUGAGAUUAAGAAGCCAUCGACUAUGGUGGGCGUGUCGGCGCUUGCAUCGCCAACAAAUUCGCCCGACUCCGACAAGGACAAUGGCAAGGAGAAGGAUAAAGAUAAGGAUAAGGACAAGGACAAAGAGAAGGACAAGGAGAAGGAUAAGGACAAGGACAAGGAUGGCAAGAAAUCGCGACGCGAGGAGCUGCUUAAACAGCUGCGUGCUGUCGAGGAUGCCAUCGCCAAGAAGCGCUCCAAAUUGACCUGAUGACAACAACAAGCACAGCAUCAACAUCAGAUACAAGCACCGAUUCAACAACAGCAGCAACAUCAACAGCAAGAACAGAUUCAUCUUAAGAUAAACAUACGGAUACAGAUACAGCUCCCAAUGAUGAAUGCUCCUCAACAAUCGCUUUUUUUCCUUGCGUAUUUGUGCUGACCAACUUGGUGGUCAGCUUUUGGACUUGUUCCAUCUGCAUCUGUACUAUCAUUAACAAUCGCUAUCGGCAUCUGCAUCAGUAUCAGCAACAACCUCUCAUUGAAAGCGAAGACGACGAAGAUGAAGAUGAAGAUUAAAGAACACACAUUUCACACAUCGCGCAUCAUCGAUAUAUUGUGUCGAUUGGCCGUUACAAAAAGUGAAACAAUUCAAACGAUUCAAUGCAUUUAGAUUUUAAUUAAUUCUCCAUUAUUUACCAUCGCUCUACAAGUUUUUUUUUCGUCAUUUUAUCGCGCUCCGUUUGGAGCCGGACAGAACGUACACUGACUAUGAUAACUAUAAUAUACACACACAUGUAUAGGUACAUAAAUAAUAAUAAUAAAAAAAAACAACAAAUGAAAGAAAUUUCAUAUUCAUAA